UAUGAUGUAAAAUUUUAGAAAAAUUAUCAAUGUACCAUCUUAGAUUGUUGAAAUUACCAAAAUCUCUAAAACAAAAGGGGACUUAGAAGAAAUUAUUUCACCAGAAUCUGAUCAAGAAGACUUAUCCUGCUCUACUCCUUAAAGCAAUUAUUUCAAAGGAGACUAUGACUCUAAGACUAAAAAAAAGAAGAAACACAUUAGAUUUAGCUUCUAAAAUCAAGUUUGUAGUUGCUAGUUAAAUUCGAAACUGAAUUCACCUAAAGAUUCACCUCGUAUGAAUUCACAAUCAAUUUAAUCUAUUCUCAAGCCUCAAAGCCUUUCAAUGUUUUGUUAAAAAAAGAAAUGA